UUCCCGCAAAUUCACUUUUCUUUUUCCGCUUUUGCCCCUCCUAUAUAUGCACAUUCCCCAAUUAACCCAACUUUCAUACCAAAUAAAUUUCCCAAUUUGCUCCCCUGCCCUCAGGUUUCUUUCAAAUCCCUUCUCCCAACCCUGGGAUUAAAUUCUCCCGAUUGCACCGUUCUAGGGCUCCGUUUCGGACUCCUCUCCUUCUCAGGACAGGGUCAACGUAUCGUUUGUUGGGGCGGUGUGGGUUAGCCUGCAUUAGUGGUUAUAUAAACUGGAGUCAUCGCGAUGCUGGGUUUGAAUCGUGAUGGCUUCAAUAUUGCGAGCUGUUUAUUUCAUUUGGCUGAGUGGCAUCCACUUGAAUAGCAGAGCUCAAUUGGGCUUGAAGCCCUCUCCUCUCCCUCUGUAAACUCAGGUUACAUUUGGUUUGUUUUUGGGAGCUAUAGUAACUACUAGAAAUAUUGAGUUUCUAAUGUUCCUUAAGAGUUGCUCACUUGCGAAAAUGAUGGGCUGCUGCAGUUGCUUUGGUUUCAUUAGAAAGCCCAAACGGAAAACAAGGCCCAAUUAUGGCUUUAAUAAUCACCUUUCCCAGGAGCUGUUGUUGGAUGAAGAUAUAGAAGAUGAGGAUGAUGGUUCAUAUAAUGGUGAGGUUACAAGAACUACUCAUGCUGAUGAAAGUGAGCCACACAUCUGCGGCAAUCGUUCUGAAGAGAUUUUACACUUCAGGGAACAGAGUGGAAUGAUUUGUAGGCAGGUCCCUGUGAAGGAAACCCACAAAUGCAUUCGCACAGAGGAUGAAAACGGGAAUAAGAUGGUCAAUGAGUAUGUUCGUGAGUGUAAAAUUGGUGCAGGCAGCUAUGGAAAAGUGGUUCUGUAUCGAAGCCUUGUAGAUGGACAGCAUUAUGCAAUUAAGGCCUUUCAUAAGUCUCAUUUAUUAAAGCUCCGAGUUGCACCUUCAGAGACAGCUAUGACAGAUGUUCUUCGUGAGGUUCAUAUUAUGAAAAUGUUGCACCAUCCUAACAUAGUUAAUCUCAUUGAGGUGAUUGACGACCCAGACAUAGAUCACUUCUACAUGGUUCUUGAAUAUGUUGAAGGCAAAUGGGUCUGUGAGGGUUCUGGUCCACCAGGCGGCAUAGGAGAAUGUACUGCAAGAAAGUACUUGCGGGAUAUAGUUUCUGGGCUGAUGUACCUCCAUGCUCAUAACAUAGUGCACGGCGAUAUCAAACCUGAUAAUCUCUUGGUUAGUCGUAAUGGUACAGUGAAGAUAGGGGAUUUUAGUGUCAGCCAGGUUUUUGAGGAUGAAAAUGACGAGCUGCGCCGAUCCCCAGGGACUCCUGUUUUCACUGCACCUGAAUGUUGUUUAGGGCUAACCUAUCGUGGUAGAGCUGCUGACACAUGGGCAGUAGGGGUUACUUUAUACUGUCUGGUAUUGGGACAAUACCCGUUCCUUGGAGACACACUGCAGGAUACAUAUGAUAAGAUUGUUAAUAACCCUUUAGUACUUCCAGAUGAUAUGACCCCACAGUUGAAAAAUUUACUAGAAGGGCUUCUUUGUAAAGACCCAAACAUGAGGUUGACAUUAGAGGCUGUUGCUGAGCAUACUUGGGUUAUUGGAGAUGAUGGGUCGAUACCUCAGUAUUCAUGUUGGUGCAAGCGCAAGAGUUUGCGGGAAGAAUAUAAUGGGACGAAAGAUGAUAGUAGCAUAAACCAUAGUGACUAGGCUGUUUAGGUUGGCUUUGUUUCUUGUACAGUAGAAAACUUAGGUUUUGUUCCUUUCCUUUUCUUUCUCUUUGGACUUGCUAUCUGAUCUACUAGGGGGGUAAAUCGUGACAAAAACAAGUCUCAAAAGAACUUUUCUGGAAGACUGAAACACAGCCUGCCUUGGCCUUGCUAUCUGAUCUGCAAGGGAGGUAAAUCGUGACUGAAAUAAAUCUCAAACGAACUUUUCUGGAAGACUGGAACACAGCCUCCCAUAGCCAAAAGGAGGCAAGAUGGGUUUGGCUUUCCAAUUUUGGUUUUCAAGUUGCAAAAAUUGUCUCGGUGUUUGCAGGUUUUUGAAUUGUCACAAUGCGGUGAGAAAGUGUGUUAUAACUUAUACUACAUCCGGCCCUUGUACACACAUUUAGCAAAUGUUUGUUGAGCAUCUGAAUGAAAAACAGAACCGUGAACCGUUUUCUCUA